UCAUACUGAUUAUCCCUCAAUUACACUGCAAUCAUUAGAAAAGCCAAAUCAAAGAACGGUUCUAAAGAUUUGCCGCCAAAGUCAAGCUGUUAAGCAUUUCAUUCUGUUGCAGCGUGACUGAGCUAAAAACUUAUCAUUGCUGAUCAUUUACACUCCUUCUAAGCAGCAAAAGUUGAUCUCAGUGUCAGUAAUAGCUUGAGAAAACAGACAUUUCGCGGCACUACUAGGAUGUAGGUAAUGCUUCUAAUUGGUCGUGCCGCUUGUGAAAUUUGCUUUAACCAAUCAGACGUACUGCCCAGAUUUGGGUAGUGAGGCGUCAUGACAGUGUGGAUUUUCUGCUCUCGUUUCUCAGACGUCAUUUCACGGGGAAACCGUUAGUGACGUCGCAAUGUCGCCUUUUUUCUUAGGCUGGCGAAAGUAGAAGUAGACGACCUUUAUUACACUUUUGCAGAGAGAGGUCUCAUAUAGUCCUAUGAACUGGCGUAAGUUUGUAAGAUGUAUUACAUUACGAUCAGCAAUAUCAUGUAAUGCCAUUAUUUGAGUUCAUUAAAUGCAAAUACUAUUGCCCUUUAUGUAACAAAGACACAAAGAGAAGAACAACUUAUGAAGAACGAUUUUUUUCUUUUCGAGAAACGAAACAUUCUUAUAUAAUUAUUAACAGGAAAGGGUUUGCUUGUGGUACACUAAACUAAAAUCUAACAUGCCUUACAGACCAAUUAUCAUUCAGUUACUACUUUAAAAACCUCUCAGAAGUUAUGGAUCAAAUAUUUUCAGUAGCUUUUCCAUUCAAGUAUUGGGUAAUACACUAAUAGAUAUUAAAUGUAUGUUGUAGGAGAGUUCAUUUUUUUCACUUCACUUCUAGCUCGGGUGGAACUAUUAACUACUUCUCAUGACAACUUACUCUACACCAACCUUAAAUUUAUCAGUUUGUUUUGUAUUCUAUUUUCCUCCAUUCUGAAGUAAUGCAGUUGAUGUAGGAAAUAAUAUUUAUAGUUGAAAGGCAUUUAGCGACAAACUGCAUGGGGUUAAAAAAAAAUUAGAAUGGAGGAGGGCGCAGUAUAUUCUAGUAGAUUAUGAACUAAUGUAUGACAAAAAACUAAUGUAUGACAAAAAAUUCUACCAAAUAGAAAGUUAAUAUAGUUUAUCAUGAUAUUUGACCCUCUAGUUAAUGCUGAGCCUUGCAUCGUACUCAAAACUGUUAUAUUGAUUAAUGGGACCGCUAUCAGAUCAAGUCCACUCUCACCCCACUUGUUGAUGGACGCUUACAGAGACGUUUUUAAAGCAGGCAAUCAAGAAUAAUUAUGAGACUAGCUUUGAUAACUUGGAUAAGACGCUCCUUUAAAUUCAGUACCAGGAUUACGUGUUCCGUGUUCGGCUAUCUGUGCAAUUUAACAGUUUAAAGAGCUAUUUGGUUUUGAAACCUACAAAGAUAGCCAAAUAUUUCUUCACGUUCUAAUGUAGUAUUGUUUUUAUUAUAGCCCCAACCAAUGAUUCAGAUAUUGUUCAAGUCAAUUUUUUUCUUACUUUUUUUUUGCUUAGCGAAAAAUAAAACGACGUGGAGACAAUCGGCAGAAACGGCUUAUAGUGAAUUCAUUUCCAGCAUAUGCACAUUCUUAGAAGGUUUUUUUUAUUGUUUUAGAGCUUAAAAACUUCUUUAUAGACGUGCACAAUGAACUUUCUUCCUUUAAUUUUAAUUUUAGUCCCUAUUUCCGUUUUGAGAUUGUCUGCAUAAAUUGAAAGGUUUACAUGUUGGUAUUAUCUUCAAAAUUUAAACGAGCUUUAUAUAGUUACUGCUCUUAGAAGUGCAUGCACCAUGCUUGAGUAGAAUUUUUGCUGGAGCAUCGUUAAUUUCAAGCAUAAGGGUUUGCCUUCAAAUAACAAUUAGUGCGACAUUAGAUAGUUUUGGCCCACGAAAUCAAGAUGGAGUAAAUUAUUAAAUUCGUUGCAAAGUGGAGACUGAAGUGCACGCGACAUAAACAGAAGAAAGAAAUGCACCAAACACCGACUGCGGCGGUGCUACUGAUAGUCCGGCACUACAAUAUUAACACACAUCUCCUGAUGGACACCUGCAAAACGCGGUUAAAACGUUGUGAUAGAUAUUAAGAAAAUUGCUAUCAAAAACAAGACAAACAAUAAAGACGGCCUAUUAAAACUCUUUCGAUUCUUAAAUCGCGUCAUUUUAAAAUAUUCGUCAAAAGUCCUGACGGUAUUUAAUAGAAUUAGUGCAAAUUCGGACUUACCAUCAGCAAUAUUAUCUUAGGACAUUUUUAUGUCGCUGGACGUAUUAAAUACAAAUAUUAUUCUUUUAUUGUUUGUGUAAUAAAAACCAAUAGAACGACAGGUUUCCACCUUGUGAAGAAAAAGUUUUUUUUCAGAAGGCAAAACAUUUUUUAUAGGUAGGAAGAGGUUUCGCACGUGCAGGUAUUCUAAACCAAGAUAAAAAUACGUGUCAAGUAUCACACGGCCAAGUGCUUUAAGGAUCUCUCGGAAGUUUCAUGAUAAAAGACUAGCGGUAAUUUUUAAGAAAAUGUUGAACCACAGUGUUUGCUGACUUGUACUUACAACAAAAAAUUCAAUGAGGAUUGGAUGUUUUCACCUAAAAAGUAGUUCUAAUGCAGCUAUUAACCUGUUUAUUGACAAGAUAUCUAGACAAACCAAAAGAGCUCGUCAGUUAGUACCGUGAUCAUAAUAUCAUGAGCACUCUGAAUGCUAAGCCGUGCAUAGAGCUCGAACGCUAAUAUACUGGUUAAUACCCUGCGAGCAGAGGCCCUUCCUAGAUAAGUCGCGACUUAUCUGGGAAGAUCAAAGGGCCUCUGUUCGCAGGGUAAUUGGUUAAAGGCUGAUGCGAUCAAAUCACAAUCUUUCUCUCUUGGGAAAUCGUUUUUCAAGCAGCCAAUCAGGAGUUAUUGAAACUAGCUGCUGCUAAUAACUCGGAUCGAAAAGGUGCUGUUUUGAUACCACGAAAUUAAGACGAGCCCGUCUUCUGCCACUGGAUGCAUAAAACAUUUUUAAUAAUUAAUAGCAUGUUUGUUUUUACGAGCCAACGAGAGAGAUAGCGAAAUCUUUUGUACGUUCUGUUCUUUGAAGAUUUUUUUAAAGGCAAUAACCGAUAUUUCAGAUAUUGAACUAGACCCUUUCUCAACUGACAACAAAAACGUGUUGAUAUUGCGUUUGCUGUUUAAUUUGUUUUAUCACACUACGCCCACUGUACUGAAAUAAAAAGACGCGCAUAGGCGAAGACAUCGCUCACUAUAUCAGUGCCCAACAGUGGCCAUUGGCAGAAGUACGAGUGCCUCUGUCAGGUAAAGUAUUGCAAGUUGUUCAUGUUCUUAAUUACUCGAACUAGAAAAUUUACCUUGUACAACUUACCUUUCUUCAUUCACUAUAUAUAAUCAGUAUUAAUUUCCCCAGAGUAAGUAAGUUAAAAAGAUUCCUCUCCAGGGUAGAUCGAAAUAAGGUGCCGAUUAAUUUGUUCUGGGUAAGUUAAGGAUAUAGGGCUCAGCGGCUGGAUCUCUUUCCACAACACCUUUGGACGCUUUCCCAAAAAUAAAAGGUUUUCGUUAGAAUCUCUGCUUUAGCUUCCCCAUCUCUGUUUUUAUUUUAUUGCGCACAGGGAGGAAUUGGAUUGAGUGCACAGUUUUAAUUUUGGACGACUGAAUAAAGUUUUAAUUUUGGACGACUGAAUAAACUACUCAGUUAGACGUUAACAGUCAGUACGCCUAUUUGUAUAGGUAAUAGCAUGAUUUGUAGUGAUAUUUGGCAUAAAUACCACGAGUGAUAUUUCGAAAUUGGUAUACGUAAUUUCACGAGCCGUUUGGCGAGUGAAAUUUGAGACAGUUUUGAAAUAUCACAAGUGGUAUUUAUUGGUAUUUAUGCCGAAUAUCAUGUACAAAUCAUGCUAUUAUUCGUUUAUACUACUACCCACAAAAGGUUUGUAAUUUUCCCAUGUAGGUAUUUCAAAUUAAGCUGAAAUAUCACUGCUCUAAGCCAAUCAAAUUGCAGAAAUUUCUCAUGUAGUAGUAUCAAAUAUGAAACAUUUGAAAACUGUCUCUUAGAAAUAUUUAGCUCUUCUACAAACCUGAUUCAAAUUGCUUGAUUUUCGUUGACUCGGAGGACAGAACUUGAAAGCCAUUUACGAGGUAAAGUGAAAUCCGACAACACGACCGAUUACUGAUUACGUUUAGUCCAUAGGAGCGACCUAAUUUUUACUGUUCUCGAUUAUCAGAACUGAAGGAUGGAGGAACUACUUUUAAUGGCUCUUGAUCACAGUAGAUUAGGCCUGGAAAACAAAUAAGGCCGAAUUUUUGGAGUUCGACAAGUUUUAAACUUUACAAAAUGUUGCCAACAAAUCUGGGGGCUUGUAAACCGACCUUUUAUACUUUUCAUACAUCAGAUCUGAGGUGAAACAGUGGCUAUGAGGCGCUCUUUUUAUCAUACAGACCUCGGACAGAAUGCAGUAGUUCUCAACUUUUCAAUACAAAUUGCACUCAUUUAUAUUCAGGACGAUGGAAACACGCGUGGGCGUUUAGCGAAAGCGUUAAAAAAAAUUCCAAAAUCACCUAUACGGCCAGCCGGUUCUCACUUUUUACUAGCGCCAAAUCUGCAAUGAGAGCUGAGUGUUUGAAUGAAAGUUAAUAGAGUUACGCUUCAUCAUAGUAAAGAAUUUUUUUUAUUAUUAUUUAAUGAUUUUAGAACGAUGUGUAAUCUUUAAAAGCGUUUGAUACGCGCGGCAUUUUGAGUACUCCUGCAAGUGGUGUUCAUGAACGACUGAAAACAAACGGCACAGCGGUUAAAAUUCCAAGAGAGACUACUAACAAUCAAUACAAGAAAUAUAACUCGGUAAAACAUAUACAGAAAAAAAAACAAUUUUCAUUUACGAAGACAAUUAAAGUGUCUCUAAAAUUCCUGAGUCUUAUAGCUUUAGUUCGUGUUUUAAGCUUGCUUCCCGGUGUUUGCAAGCUAUUUUCACAGAUGACUUGAGGCAACAAAAUCCCUCAAAGCUUCCUUUUACAGCCAGAGUUAUGACAAAUUAUUCUUUGGGACGUUUUCUUUCUAUUUGCGGUAAGAAAAUGUCUAAACGCUUUAUAUAUUUCUGUAAGCUUAUAUCAAACCUGAUACUGGGUCAGAUCAUUGAUUCAAAUCUUAUAAACGUGCAUAGACUAAAUAGUCGAACAAACUACGCUCGACCUCAUUAAAUUAGAUACAAAAAAACAGACAUCAAAUACGACAAUUACCCAGGCUUACCAUUCGAGAUUCAGCUCCUGAAAGCUAUCAAGUAAGGCCAGAAUCGCCUUCAGACGUUUUAACUCACCCACCUUACGCAUCAAGCAAGGUUAAAAACGAAAACGAUGCCAUCCGAAAUCGGAUUUCCGACUUUGACAAGCGACUUUCCCAACCAAAAAUCCAAUAAACAAACUAGCUAUAAAUACCAAAAGACUCUUCAUAGCAGCUGAAUUUCGUUUUGUACAUCCAGUGGAAAAAGACAGUUAAAAACAUCACAAGAUGACACAAAACUAUGUCAGCUUCAGCUGUCAAAGUAAACAAGUUUGAACUCACCUGUCAAUUUUUGACCAAUCAGAGCAUAAAAAUUGGACGUAGAGCGCGACCAACGCGUGGCCGUGUCGAGAAGUCAAAAGCAACUGUCUUUCCUGCUUGCAAUAGCUGCCUGAAUUUUCUCAUCCGCGGUCAGUUGGAUUUCAAAAUUGUAAUUCUGCUACAGAUAAACACAACAUAUUUCAUAUGAAUUAAAAAAAAAUAAACUUGGGCCUGCGAUCAUUUGAAAACUAAUAACUUGUCAGCAGAGAGCUUAACGGGUCGACACCCGAGCCCACAAUACGGUCAGGUGAUACUGGUCAGCGAAUACCCUGUUUUGACAGCUGUCAAUUGAUCACAAUAUUUCUGUGCAAUAUUUGUGCAAUAUCAGUUUUUCUUUUCUCCCAAACUAGCUAGAAAGUGUGGGAUUGAACAUUGGUUUCCCUGUGGUUCGGAAGGACGGGCGGGCGGGCGUUGUACGGUCACGAGAUUGCCAAAUUUUCUAGGAUGGGUAGAUUUACUUAGCUAUGGGGCUCCGCUCGCGCGUGCUUCGCGCGCAUGGAGUUCCGCUAUAAAAUUAUCGUUCUGUAUAAAUUGGUGCAAAUUUGGUGUGUACAUCUAAGCCAAAAUCUAAAGUCUCUUCCAGGUCCAUGAGGUCAAAAAUUUUACACUCUAAAAUAUCUGGUCCCAGUAGUCAGCUCAUGGAAUAUUUAAAAAAAAAGAUACGUGAAUCAUUCAAGCAAUUGAAUUAAGAAGAUGUAUUAAGUCGUCACUGGCAAUUAACUAUACAAGGAACUCCCAGGUAAAAAAACAGUAAGUAAAUAAGUAAAAUGGAAGGAGUAGAUAUGCCCAAAACCGGACAGAUUCGGAGCCAGCAUGCACUAUGUUGUUAGAAUUCUGCGGCAUAAGAGCCCGGGGCGGGAGACAAAUACAUUUUUGCGUAGCCGAGAAUAGAAAAGCGUAAAACGUGAUAGAGUUCAAAGAACCGGAUGGAAAAUAACAAUAAUACAGAUAUCGAAUGAAAACCCUGAAUUUCGGUGAAGUUUUCCAGUUGGAACCAACCUUGUUAGCUUAUUGUUAUCAUUUGCAUUAUUAUUAUCAUCAUCAUUAUCAUCAUCAUCAUCAUCAUUAUUUUGGUGAAUAUCAAAGAUAAAUACCUAAUUUGUUAUGGUUUAUUGUUCUCUUUUUCAGGAGGUGAAACUAGUUAUGCAUAAACCCACAGCAAAAAUGCUGCCGAUUGGGUUGCUCCUGUGUUUUGCAGUUCUGACAGUUCAUAGUAAGAAUUACGAUAUUCCUAGCACUUUGCAUAAAAAAUACUUACUACAAUUUUACGAGUUCACAACAAGAUUUAUAAUUGGAUCAGUUAAUUUUUGGUUUACAACCACGUUACCAGGCGAAUAUGUUGGCUGACGGGUUGUUGACAAAAGCGGGACUUUGCAUGUAAAAAACAGUUUAGUUACCAACGGAGGGACCUCUUAACUUGUGUUUUUGCCAACCAAUUUGGCAACCGUGACGUUAGCAGCAAACCUUAUAUAUCUCUUGAGUCAGUGAAGUUUGGUGUUACUAAUAUUUCAUCGCUUCUGCAUGACUUACAAUGUACCUAUACCAUCCCAAGUGUUAUUCAAAGUGAUACCAUUAUAACAAGAACGUUCAUUUGUCUUCUCUUUAAUAAUGGCGUUACCAGCCACCACAUCGUCACCAACUGUUUGCCCUCAGAAGACAACAUCAGGCAAAUGUUGCAGUAUUCCAUUCACGUACAGAGGGGUGACCUACAAUUCUUGCACUUCUGUUAACCAUAACAGACCCUGGUGCUCCUUGGAUCCUGUGUACAAGGGAAGAUGGGGCAACUGUCGUGAGUUUUAAAUUGACUAAGCUAAAUCAUCUUUAGUGUGUAUUUCAAGUAAUAUUGUUAUUGAGGGCGACAAAAGGAGCCCCCAGACUAUUCUUGGUCAGCGGCACUUUAAAAACUGUACAGCGAGAUUUUUCUAAAGUCUGUCCACAUUCUUGGGAUGCCCGUAUUGUACCAACCGAUAUGCAUGGUAUGUAGCCGCGAAGGCCCUAGUGACGAGAUCCAUCUGAUUUCACUGUAGUCACGUGAAUGCAAAUGUAAGUGUUGCAACAAUAUUUGUUCGAUUCGAAAAGGCUCGUAUUAAUUCAAGUAUAAACGUAAUGUACUAAAUGCGGGACUUUUUGAUUCAACUUGGGGGGCAGAACUCUAUUUACCAAGGGAAAUGAAUGUAGAAACUGAUCUCAGCUUAGUGCGGGACGAGUCUUCGGUGAGAUACUUUUUAUACAUAUUAGUGAUUGCAAAAUCUAUAUAUAAUUAUUUGUGUGAAUAUAUAUAAGGUAAUUCAGAGUACACUACAGUGCAUUGUUUUUAUAUUUAAAUACGUUUCCAAGCAUGUUAUGUCGCUGGUCAACUGAAAGCUUCAAUAAGUUUUUUCAUGAUUUCCUAUUACAUUUCAACGACCUUUGAUCAUUGAACACGAAUUGACUAUCCGAUUGAGUAAUAAGACUUAAAAAAGUCAUGACUGUAUAUACAUUCCACGUUGUUUAUGUCACGCAUUACUGUUUUAAUUGUACCUUUGGCUACGAAUAAUUUCUCUGAUUCAGCCACACAAUUAUGAAAGCGGUUCUCAAUAACAACAAUCGCCCUUUUAAGGUAAAGGUGCAUACAUGUUCGCCCGCACUUCCUAACCUUUGGUUACUGGUAGUGAUUAUUCCAUUAAGAGCAUUGUCUUCUCUUUGAUAGCGUUACCAGUCACCACAACGUCACCAACUGUUUGCCCUCAGAAGACAACAUCAGGCAAAUGUUGCAGUAUUCCGUUCAAAUACAGGGGGGUGACCUACAAUUCUUGCACUUCAGCCAAUCAUAACAGACCAUGGUGCUCCUUGGAUUCUGUGUAUAAGGGAAGAUGGGGCAACUGCCGUGAGUUUUAAAUUGACUUAGCUAAAGCCGAGCCUUAACUCUGUAUUUCAAAGUUAUAUUAUCAUAAUAUCAAGAGCACUGUCUUUUUCUUUAAUAGCCGCAGUAACCACAACGUUACCAACUGUUUGCCCUCAGAAGACAACAUCAGGCAAAUGUUGCAGUAUUCCAUUCGAAUACAGGGGAGUAAACUAUAGUUCUUGCACUUCUGCCAAUCAUAACAGACCCUGGUGCUCCUUGGAUCCUGUGUACAAGGGAAGAUGGGGCAACUGCCGUGAGUUUUAAAUUGACUUAACUAAAGCCAAGCCUUAACUCUGUAUUUCAAAGUUAUAUCAUCAUAGUAUCAAGAGCAUUGUCUUUUUCUUUAAUAGCCGCAGUAACAACAACGUUACCAACUGUUUGUCCUCAGAAGACAACAUCAGGCAAAUGUUGCAGUAUUCCAUUCGAAUACAGGGGAGUAAACUAUAGUUCUUGCACUUCUGCCAACCAUCACAGACCCUGGUGCUCCUUGGAUCCUGUGUAUAAGGGAAGAUGGGGCAACUGCCGUGAGUUUUAAAUUGACUUAACUAAAGCCGAGCCUUAACUCUGUGUUUCAAAGUUAUAUUAUCAUAGUAUCAAGAGCAUUGUCUUUUUCUUUAAUAGCCGCAGUAACCACAACGUUACCAACUGUUUGCCCUCAGAAGACAACAUCAGGCAAAUGUUGCAGUAUUCCAUUCGAAUACAGUGGAGUGACGUACAGUUCUUGCACCUCUGCCAAUCAUAACAGACCAUGGUGUUCCUUGGAUCCUGUGUAUAAGGGAAGAUGGGGCAACUGCCGUGAGUAUAAAUUGACUCAGCUAUAAAGCAUAUUUAAUGAUAUUACAUCUUUAAUGAUGAUAGUACGUACAGGUCAAUGUUGUAGUAUUCCAUUCAAAUACAAGCAAGUGACCUACAACUCUUGGACUACUGCUUAUUACAACAGACCUUGGUGCUCCGUG